ACCGGGCCCUGCCCCUGGCAGUGACUAUGGGCAACCGCAAGGCGGAGCCACAGCUGCAGCUGUGCAACAAGCUGGUGGCACUGCUGGCCACGCUGGAGGAGCCCCAGGAGGGCUUGGAGGUUGCCCACAUGGCCCUAGCACUCAGCAUCACUCUGGGGGACCGGCUGAAUGAGCACGUGGCCUACCACUGGCUGGCCGCCCUGCACCACCUGCUGGGCCAUGGCAAGCUGGCAGAGCACUUCUAUCUCAAGGCCCUGUAG